CGGCGCCGACACGUGGAUCCAAGAUGGCGGCCUCGAGGGCUCUGAGGCUUACGUGCCCAUUCGUCCUCUUGUGGCAUGGGGUGAGUUGCUUCUACGUGCCAGGAGUGGCUCCCAUCAAUUUCCACCGGAACGCUCCUGUAGAAAUCAAGGCUGUGAAACUCACCAGUUCGCGGACACAGUUACCGUACGAGUAUUACUCUCUGCCCUUCUGCCGGCCGGACACCAUCAAAUAUAAAGCUGAAAAUUUAGGGGAGGUCCUGAGAGGAGAUCGCAUUGUCAACACGCCCUUCGACGUUUCCAUGAACGUGGAAAAGAAGUGCAAGGUGUUGUGUCAUGUCUCAAACAAGCCCCAGAUGUUGACCAAGGAGAGCAGCCAACUGGUGGUGGAACGGAUCCAGGAAGAAUAUUACGUUCACCUCAUUGCCGACAACUUGCCGGUGGCCACGAGGCUGGAAUUCUUCUCAAACCGCGAAGAGGAGGAGAAGAACAAAGACCGAGACCUUCAGUUUGAACAUGGCUACCGACUUGGGUUCAUGGAGAAGAACAGGUUCUUCCUGCACAACCAUCUUUCCUUCAUCCUUUACUACCACCGAGAGGAGGUGGAGGAGAGCCAGGAGCCCACCUAUCGGGUGGUUCGCUUCGAGGUCAUCCCGCAGAGCAUCGCAAUGGCAGACAUGAAGGUGGACGAGAAUGGGGUCUGUGUCCUGCCUGAAGCUGGCAGCGCGUCCGCUCAAGAAAUCGACCCGAAUAAGCCAAAUGAGCUUUUUUUCACCUAUUCUGUGCACUGGGAGGAGAGUGACAUCAAGUGGGCUUCCCGGUGGGACACUUACCUCACCAUGAGCGACGUCCAGAUCCAUUGGUUUUCCAUCGUGAACUCCGUGGUGGUGGUCUUCUUCCUUUCAGGCAUCCUCAGCAUGAUUAUCAUCCGGACCCUCCGGAAAGACAUCGCCAACUACAACAAGGAAGACGACAUUGAAGACACCAUGGAGGAAUCCGGGUGGAAGCUGGUGCACGGGGACGUCUUCCGGCCUCCGCAGUAUCCCAUGAUCCUCAGCUCUCUGCUGGGCUCCGGCAUCCAGCUCUUCUGCAUGAUCCUGAUUGUGAUUUUUGUGGCCAUGCUGGGGAUGCUGUCUCCCUCCAGCCGAGGGGCUCUGAUGACCACCGCCUGCUUCCUCUUCAUGUUCAUGGGGGUCUUCGGGGGCUUCUCGGCUGGCCGUUUGUACCGCACCCUCAAAGGGCAUCGGUGGAAAAAAGGCGCCUUCUGCACCGCCAUGCUGUAUCCCGGGGUCGUCUUUGGCAUAUGCUUCAUCCUGAAUUGUUUCAUCUGGGGCAAACACUCCUCGGGGGCGGUCCCGUUCCCCACCAUGGUGGCGCUGCUCUGCAUGUGGUUCGGGAUUUCCUUGCCCCUGGUGUACCUGGGCUACUACUUCGGCUUCCGCAAGCAGCCCUACGACAAUCCCGUGCGGACCAAUCAGAUCCCAAGGCAGAUCCCGGAGCAGAGGUGGUACAUGAACCGGUUUGUGGGGAUCCUGAUGGCUGGAAUUCUGCCUUUUGGAGCCAUGUUUAUUGAACUUUUCUUCAUUUUCAGCGCCAUCUGGGAGAAUCAGUUCUACUACCUCUUUGGCUUCUUAUUCCUGGUGUUCAUCAUCCUGGUGGUCUCCUGUUCCCAGAUCAGCAUCGUCAUGGUGUACUUCCAGCUCUGUGCCGAGGAUUAUCGAUGGUGGUGGAGGACCUUCCUGGUCUCCGGAGGAUCCGCCUUCUACGUGCUGAUCUAUGCCGUCUUCUACUUCGUGAAUAAGCUGGACAUUGUGGAAUUCAUCCCCUCCCUGUUGUAUUUCGGCUACACUGCCCUCAUGGUGCUGUCCUUCUGGCUCCUGACCGGGACCAUCGGCUUCUAUGCAGCUUACAUGUUUGUCCGCAAAAUUUACGCCGCGGUGAAAAUAGACUGAAGAUGCCGGCACGCCCGGACGAACCACCGAGCCACCACCAGGCUUUUGGUUUUCUUUCCUGGGAAGGAAAGCGGGGAACUUUUUUUCCUGUUUCUCCCAAGGACAGGAUAAAUCCUUUGGGAGCAGGACGCAGGAAACAAUAACAAUAAUAAUAAUAAAAAAAGUUCAACUCUUGGAAUGUAAUUUUUGGCACAAUAUCCGUGGAAUCGGGGAGCCUCCUGGAGGGAUGGGUGUAUGGAUUCUUUACCUUUUAAUUCUACGCUAUUCUGGAUCUAAGGGAUUUUUAAGGAAAAAACAAAACACGCCAGUCCAUCCCUUUGGACGAAUAUUCCUCUGUCUAUUUUUUCGACCAGUCACCCACGAUGGCAGCGGUCCCUCCGGAGUUCUCCCGUCGCCGUUUGCCGGGGAGGAGACGGUGGAUGCCGCCGUGCCUGGAGGACGCCUAAACACUUGGUUUGCUGACCUUCCUCGGAUCAACCGGCUUUCAGCAACUCUCUCAAUCCGGAGCUGCGGAUGUGCUUCUUUCCGAGCGAGAUAAAAAAAGUGCAAUUUUUCCAGAAGGGGCGUUCAAACCGUCGUCAUCUUCUCACCGUCUCGCUCUCUUUCGUGGCGAAAAAUUGGGUAGAGACGGCGACGGCAGCUCGCGUUUUAACAGGAGGAACGAUAAAGGACGGCGGGACUGUGGAUCCGAACAAGUCAGCAAAUUGGAGGACGACGACAUGCUGGGGAAAAAUUUUGGGACUUUCCCCCCACCCCACCCCACCCCCCACACACAAAUCUUCUGGAUUAUAAGAGACCCUGAGCCAAAAAACCAAAAAAAAACAACAGCGAACAGAUCAGCCAUUUUUGCCGUGUUCAUGUGCCAAGGAAUCCAUGGCUCAGAAAGAGAUUUUAGCAAGGGGGAAGCGAGGGAAGGACUUGGGGCCAGCUCUGCAUUGCGGGAAUCGCUGCCAUCGGUUCCCCAAGUAUUUGUACACCCAUGCUCCCCUGCCCUGCACCCCACUCUAGUGAGCAGACCUCCGUCCUUCCCCUGUUCAGCUGGGUCCUUAGAAAGCAAGAGAUUCGGUCCUGUCUCUUUUAUCGGUCGCCGUAUUUGGAACAUGACCUGGGGAGUUGAUUAAUUCACAGGACCGCCCAUCUUAUCCUGAUGCUGACUGGUGUGUGUGUGGGGGGGAAUCAAUUUGGAAAACUGGCUUAUGCUGGAGGGGGUUUGCAAAAAUCACCCCGAAAUCGAAUUGCUGGAAAACAAACAAACAACCCCACUAAAGGCGCUCCUUGGGUUUUUCCUUUUAUUUUUAAUUUCUGUGCCAACAGAAAAUGGGUUUUUUUUUUUUUGUUUGUCUGUUUGUUUUUAAGACCGCCGAAGAAAAAAACACAAGUUGCAGUGAGAUUUCCCACACACACACACAUACACACACACAAAAACCCCCAACCCUAGAGCAGUUCACAGGGUUUUCCUCUGAGGAUUUUAAAAAAAUAAAAAAAAUAAUUCCAUUCUUUUGGGCCUGAUGGUGAAACCGACGUGUGCUUCCCAUUUUCGGUGAACGUAUCUUAAAAAAGAGGUCAAAAUGCAUUUCUCACCGGUUAUGACCUCUGUUUUAACAGCCCCUUCCCUUCCUCGGCCCUCUCCCCAGCUUUUGCCCUGCCUGGAAGGAUGAAGGGUUUCUCUCCCAAGACCCAAAGACUGGCUAUCUACUCCUGGCUACCUCCUCGCUUACCACACCGAGGCCCCAUCAGCCAGGACCGAGAUUGGGCCGAGGGACUCCUUGGGGGGUGAACUUUUGGGUUUGAUUUGAGUGGGUCAUUCUCCCCUGCCCCACGGGAUCUGCUCCAGCCACGCUGUAUUUUUACUGUCCUGUUUGAGCCCAAAUGUAAAUAAAUGCUCUGUUGUCCCCA